CACAAGCACCUGCCCUACGCCUCCAAGGGCCCCGGGGGCGGCGUCGGCAAGCACCCGCCCCCGCGCCUGCCGCCGCCACCGCACUACCACGGCCGGCCUCACCACCGGCCCAGGAAGGCGCCGCCGCCGCCGCUGUCCGCCGCCAGCCCCUGGAAGACCACGUCGUACAAGCCGGCGCCCUACAAGACCACCAAGGAGCCGUUCCUUCUGCAUGGCUCUGACGCGGACUUCGGCAGCCAGGCCGCCGUGCUGUCCGCCACCAAGACGGCCGGCACGCCGCUCACCUCCAUCACCAGCAGCACCAGCCCGCUUCUCAGCGUGUCCAGCUCCCGACCGAGCCUCCACGGCCUGCACGGCCUGCACUCGUACAACGUCGUGAGCGACGACCGCGGCCCCAUCCACACCAUCCCGGCACCUCAGCUCAGUCCCGCGGACCGGCCCAGCCACCUCGCCGAGAGCCCGGCGUACGGCGGCGAGCAGCACGUCCUGCAGCAGGCUCUGCAGCACUCCCUGCAGCGCCAGGCCAUCCAGUCCGCUCUCAGCCAGCUCAGCGCGGCGCAGGCCGCCAGGCCCACCGGGCCCACCACCGUCGCGCCCGUCUCGCACCACACGCAGGGCUACCAGGUGUCCGAGCCGUCCACCGCGUCCCAGGAAGGGGUGGCCAACUUCUUCGCUCCGGACCCUGACCCCAGCCGCCCCACCCCCAAGGUGCGGCCCACCACCGACCCCUACUCGCUGCCCAGCGAGGGCCGCGGCCCACACUUCAGCAUCGACCCCCAGUUCGGCGCGGUGUCGUCCCAGCCCGGCUACAUGUCCGCGUCCGCCAGCCUCUCACCGCAGGAUUUGUUCCACCUUCUCAACGGUUUCCCGCUCCAGGGCCUCCAGGGCCUGCAGCCCCUCCAGCAGGACGUGCACGGCGUGCAGGGCGUGCAGCCGCACAUCCAGAUCAUGCCGCACGGGCUGACCGGGGACACGCUGGCUGCCGUCCAUCAGCAGCAGCAGCAGUACCUCCAGCAGCAGCAGUACCAGCAGCAAGUGCAGGCGGCGCAGUCCCUCCGCCAGCUGCAGCCCGCCGACUUCCACUCGCCCCAGUACCAGAGCUUCGACUUCGACGAGCAGAGCUACCAGAAGAGCCUUUUCCAGGAGGGCGGUCAGGGCGGCCAGGACCACGAGGUGUCCGAAGACGCUCCCCGGCCCAGUGUGCAGAGACCGGACCCUGUUGCACAGGCUGAGCGUACCGUCGACGACGAGGCCAACGACGAGGCCGACGACGACGAGGAGUACGACGACGUGCCUUCCAGCGACAAGCAGGCCAAGCAGGCCGCCGCCACCCCCGCACCGCAGGCCUCCAGUGGCUCAGAGGACGACUCGCUGCAGCAGCAGGUCGUGGAGGAAGCCGGCUCGUACGCUUCCGACCCCAGCCUCGUGACACCGUUCCGGCGGCAGCCUAACUCGGUGCAGGUGUCAGAGACCAAGGUGGUGUCCGACGCCAAGCCCCUGCCGUACGGCGCGAGGAUCCGGCCCAAGAGGGUCGCCGAGGAGUAGCGUCGUUCUUCAAGGCCAACAGCUGGUGGAACGUUAAAAAAAAUGGUAUCGCUCUGGCAACGGACAUGAUUGUUAUUUCUCCCCCAACGAAGACAAACUUGCACUUGGAUUUUGAGUGAAGUAACUAAAACCGGGGCCAAACUCGAAGCAACAAUACACGGUAAAAACGGUACCUGGUUUUCCCAGGAAGCCUAUGGUAGAGACAUAGGUGAUUUCCAGGGAGUUCCUGGGAAAACCAGGAACCGUUUUUACCGUGUAAUGCCCGUUGCCACAGCGAAUAUUUUAUUUUCCAAAAACGAUUGCCAUACGUGACGGGGAGAAGGCUCAGCCAUGGAGCGUAGCGCCGAGACGCCGAUCCCUGUUCCUUUGUUACUUUGAGAAGUCGUGUGAUUUUUUUCUCGUGUGCCUUAAGGGAUGGAAUGAAUGUGUAACUUAUUUUUAUCGCCUUGUACAUACGUGUGUGAAUGUGAGAGCCCGUUUCUUAUUUAUUAAUAACCUCUUGUAUGGAGAAAUGUUUUGUAACCAAAUAAAUUCGCACAAAGUGGUGCGACUGAAUCGAAAAAGA